UUAGAAAUAAGAGAAUAUUUUCUAUAAGAAACCAACCUAAAUUGGUAAAACUCGACUCUGAAAACAACUGUGCAGUGAGUGAGAAAGUCCGGAAUGGAAAGUCGUCGAGCAACAAGAGGUGCGGGACCAGCUACAUCAUCAGGCGCCGCGGUACCUGGUCCGGCGGAGACGGCUAAACGUGGUCGGAAGUCAGCAACCCGGAACAAAAGUCCGUCACCACCACCGGCAAGAAAAUCAUCCGUCGGCCGUAAAGCCUCUCCUGCUCGAUCAAAAAGAUCACCCGCUAGAAAGCCUUCCCCAGCACGGAAACUAUCCCCAAAACGGAAAGCUUCUCCAGCACGAAAAGCAUCACCUGCACGCAAGGCUUCGCCAGCUAGAAAGGCCUCGCCUGCACGGAAAUCUACCCAAGUGGACUCUGCUGUUAAGGAGGCGAUCAUCAAGCUUUCUCCUGAUUCUAAAAAUGAACCACGUCGAUCUACCAGAAUAAGGAUCUCUGAACAACGGGACAAGAGUCCGGUGAUUCGAAAAUCCCUUCGUGAUAAAAACCUCUCCGCUAUAUUGGACGAGGCGGAGGAACUUUCGAAGAAAGGUUCACCUGCUAAAAGUUUAACCCCGAAUACGAGCCACCGAUCAAUCGUGACGUCAACGGAACGGAGCAGACUUACCGCGUCUCGUUCGGUCAGCAUCGCCAAUGAAUCGCAAGAGUUCUCCGAUCACGAAGACGUAGAAUUUCAAAGCUUCCACAAGGAUGAUAAUGGAAUCUCGAAGAGCAAAUCGUAUGCACGACGAAGCGCCACCAAGCAGUUGCAAGAUUUGCGCGAGUAUGGAGGAAAUUUGGGAGCUGCUGCCGUAUUACUCUUGGUUCCCGUUUUCGUUUUAUUGACGAAUCACUACUGCUCCAGUCGUGAAGACUGUCGCUAUAAGAUCCCAAGAAAUCUAAGCGAGUUCACUGAGUUCUCAGCUUUCAACAAUCACAAGGAGCCUGUGUUGUUUUUAUUAUUUACCUGGCUAGUUGCUCUAUGCACCUCCUUGCCUAUAGGAAAAGCGGUAAAAAUCGUAGACGACAUACGCGGUCAACAGAGCUACGUCUUUACCGGAUUAUCAUGUGCUGUCCUUACCGGAUUGGCAAUAUGUAUUGCCGAAUACUUCGAGUAUCGAGUGCUCAGUAUUAUCAGCGUAGGCUACAGCCGCCUGCUGGUUAUCAGUUUGGCAUACGCGUUUAUUACAGCUGGUUUUGCUUUCUUCAAGUCUCGCUACGUGCCGCAGCUUAACUGGAAUCCCUAUGCGAAAACUGGUUUCCUGUCCGAUUUCUUCGUUGGACGCGAGGUCAACCCUACGGCUUUCAACACCAUCAACCUUAAACUGGUCCAUUAUCACAUAUCUGUCGUGCUGGCACUUAUUUUCAAUUGUAUUCUUUUGUAUCGCAAUCUUGGUAUUCCGAUACCCGAAGCGCAGGAACCAUGGUCACUGGAGACAUUGGUCUUCCUCGUGAAAAAUAGCAGUCCGGUAGCGACACCUACUGUCGUUGCAUCGCUCAACAUUCUCUAUCUGCUGGACCUGCUUGCCUACGAACAUCAUUUAACCUUCUCAUUCGAUUUGCAAAGCGAAGGUUUCGGUGCCCUGCUGCUUGUACGAUACGCAGUUUUCCCAUUCACUCUCACACUGCUACCGAAGUAUGUUUCCACGCAAGGAAUCGUUGCACCAAUUUGGAUCCUGGCGGUCAUAACUCUGCUGGCCCUCACCGGACUGUAUAUCAAAAGAUCCAGUAAUCGUCUGAAGCAUCAAUACCGGCUGAAUCCACUCGGCGAGAAGUUUAUCGAUCUGGAAACCCUGCCCACCUUCCAAGGUCGCCGCCUGCUGGUGGCCAAAUGGUGGUCUUUCGUCCGUCAGCCCAACUACGUCGGAGAUAUUCUGCAGCAGGUGGCCCUGUUACCACUGUUGUACUUCCGCUUUGCAUGGCCUCCACUUUUGGCCGUUCUUUUCACCGUAGCCCUUCUAGUUGAGCGUGCCCGGCGUGUCAACGAUCGUAACGCUAAAAAGUACAACUCUGCCUGGCAACGUUACUGCUCCAAGGUACCGUACAUGCUGGUGCCCAAAGUAUUCUAAGAAGCAUCGGCUCGAUCACCGGUCGACGGACGAUACAAACAAUUCAGCGAGUUUGUAAAAAGUGUUCUUCUUAUUUCGUACAGUUUUAUGUUUGCUACUAGUAGACCCGUAAGUGACGUUCUGUAUGUUAAAUAGCACGAACCUAGGUUAUAUUGAUGCAACCCAUAUACAAGUUUGAACACAUAAAGAAAGAGUGUGUGAUUAAUAAUUCAAAUAGUGUAGAAAUAGCAAAGCAGACAUAGAGUUAAGCUAGUAAAAUCAAACUCUUCAUCUAUUUCACAAAAUUACGUAGACUUAUUUUAAAUCAUCCGGCGUAUAGAGUCUAGAUAAAUUAAACAAAAGUUAGAUUUUGUUAGCAUCAUCUUUUUGUCAAUUGAUUAUAGUUUGAUAGAAAAUAAUUGUAAAGUUUAUGCAUUUUGCAUGCAUUAUAAAGGCAAUUUUACAACACGACUGUACAAAUUGGACUUAAGAAAAGGAAGCUCAACUUGCGUUAAAGCUUCAAAGAGUUAUAAAUAAGAUUUAAAAUUUUACAGAACACGACAAUUCUACAUUUUUUUAUUUCAAUUUUUUUAAUCAUAAGUUUUAAUAAGUUUUCACAGUACUAGUUUUUUUUAUUGAUUAAGUCUACUCAAAGAGAUAGGUUCAAGACACGUAGCACGCGAUCGAACUCACAUUCGCACUCAUACACGCCAUCAGGAUGCUAAUUCAUUCAUGCUAGUUGCAGUGAGUAGGAGUAAGUCAUAAACAAGAGAUUCUUUGUUUAAUAAGCUUGUGUUUUAAAUCGAUCUCGUUGUACAGAAUUUCCACAAACAAAAUCUCUCAAAUUUUGCGAAUCGGCAUGCGAAAUGCUUUUCAAAUUUAGGAUUAUGAAACCGGUGUCUUAUUAUUAUUCGUGCUACAAAAUACAUGCAA